AUGCUGCAUUUUCUCCGCGCCGCCUCGCAGUCCGCGCGGCUGCUGGUGGUGAUGGCGCUGGUGGCGGCGGUGUGUUGUGGCGGCGGCUGCCGUGCCGCAUCGCUGGAGUACACCUGCACCUCCGACGCGGUGGUGCGCGGGAAUGGCAAAUUGAAGUCCGCACCGGUGGUGGUGAAGUCCGUCCCCGCGCCGGGAGAGCCCCAGUCGGGGGAGUACGUUGCCGUGGCGGAAGGCUGGGCGCCGAUCCGCAUCGCGGUGUCGACGGGGGACCUGGAGAACACCAGGAAGUACUGCAGCUUUUCGAGGGGUUCCAAGCCGAAUCUGCUGGGCGACGCCUCCGCCGACUGCAGAUUCGAUGAGUUGCCUUCUUGGAAGAAGAAGCUUCUCGUCGGGGGCGUCGUCCCUGCCGCCGUCAAGCUGCACGCGGAGCGACUGCUGGUGCAGCCGCUGAAGGGGCCGCUGAAGGUGCCAGAAUUUGCCGCUGACAGCGUUUGCGGCCAGUUUACAGUGCCCGCCGCCCACCGCUCCCCGGGCGUUGACAGUGCCGACAUGGUGCUCUACGUCGCCGCUGCGCCGGGCGGGGUGUGGGCGUUGCCGUGCGCCACGCUGGAGAAUGGCCGCCCAAUCGUCGGCGCCGUGAACUUGGCGCCGGCAAAUUUGUUCCACGGACGCCUCGCCACCCGCAUCGCCGCGCACGAGAUCGCCCACGCACUCGGCUUCUCCUACCAGCAGAUGGCGGCCCACCGCAUGCUGAGGAACGUGACCGGCGUGCGCGGCAGGAAGCUGUCGGUGGUGGUGAACUCGACGAAUGCCGCGAUGGCUGCGAGGGAGCACUACGACUGCGACAACAUUCGGGGG